AUGUCUUUUCACCAACGUGAUGAAAUUCGAUGGAAUAAAAAAGGUUAUUUCGAAAGAUUUGAUGGAAAAAAAUAUUGGCGAAAAUUAUGUGUUAUCGAAGGAUGUAUGAAACGAGCAAAAGUACUUAAUUGGUGUAAACGACAUUAUACUGAACAGAAACAAAAGUCUUUAUUAUCAACGACUCCUACUCAAGUUCCAUCAACAUCAUUAUUAUCUAAUUCAAUAACUACAUCUAUAAAUUCUGACAGUAUUUUAUCAUCAAAUCUUCUUUUUCAUCAAUCACAUUAUCAUCAUUUACAAGCUGUUUCUCAAAUUCCUAUGCCACCACCAUCCUAUCUUUAUACAUCUACAUCAUCAUUAUCUGAUCAAUCUCAAACACUAUUUCAUGUACGAAAUGAAAUUCGUUUAAAUAAACGUGGUUAUCGUGAACAAUAUGAUGGUAUUGGUCAUUGGCGUCCAUUAUGUAUAUAUGAACAAUGUUCAAAACGAGCAAAAAAACUAUCAUAUUGUAAACGACAUUAUACCGAACAGAUGAAUGAAAAUCAAUUGAAUUCUAGUAAUAUUAAAAAUGAAACAAACAAAAAGGAAUAA